AUGUUGAAAUUACGGAUCUUACUUGCCUUUUGCUUGGCUUUCAUCGCGGUCAUUGCCACCUUUUCGCACGAUGACACUCAUCCUCUCGCCAACUCGACGAAUCCCCUCACAUCAUCAAUCAAGGCCCAGCACCUAGCGACGUCGCGACAGAUCCCGAGCGACAGCGAGAAGCGCGCCAAGUUCAGGGUUGGAGGAGAAAUCGAUUCCUUGGGAACAGAAAAGUCUCGAGCCCGACGACACCAUGGCAAGGAAAUGAUGCAUAUCUGGGCUCGGCAAAAUUCGACACCCUCUACCGAUCCGUCGGUGUCGCUCGCCACCGUCACGAUCACCCGGACUGCUUUCGUCGAAGUAGCUAGCGAAACCCAGGUUUUCGUUUCGACUCUCCUCCAGACCUUAACUUUCGUCGACCCCAUCUUGGUGACCGAAACGAGCACCAUCACCGUAUCGCCACCUCCCAGCGGCGUCGCAAAACGUCAUGUUGCAGCGCCGGUGAUCAGUCCUUGCCAUGACAUCUCAGCCUCAGACUCUGUCUCAUCGUCAGCCACCGCGACACCCGAUGCCGUCAGUCCGGUCGCGGUUCGACGUCAGGUACCCAAUGGACCGGUGACAGUGAUUGGCUUGGUAUCGGUUGUCACCAUCGAAACGACGGUCACCUUGACUAGGACGGGGAGUUUCGUCUCGACGGCGACAGUCGUUAACCCCGUCUUCGUUUCAGUUACUGCGACUCCUACGGUGACAACGACGCGAGACGUCUACAAGCAUUCAACCGCUUCCAACCUCGACAGUAGCUUCGUCGACAAUAGUUACUGCUCUCCCGCCUACGACUUCUUCAUUUCUGUCCCAAACUCUGGACACAAGCACUCUUGUCUUGACGACCAGCAGUGCUACAUCGAGCUCGGUCGAUCCCAGGGUUGGGGUCACGACUUGGUUUUCCUGGGACUCCGACGAAUUUACCUUUACGAGGGAGGUCCCAACAUCAACAACGACCCAGAUCACCACCAGCUCUACAUCCUCUUCAACGAGGAUUCCGCCUUCCAUGUCCACAUCCCCGAAGACGACUACCAAAUGACAUCGGCAGUGGCUGCAGCCGCCAUGAUCGACUCUAUGCCCUCUAACCCCGCGAUGCCCCACGACCGAAGCGCGGCGCUUGCCAGCGAAACGAGUGGUAACAGCUCCCUUGGGGAUGAAGUCCGUGUCAUCAUCCAACCAUCUGUGAAUCGCAGGACUCAGAGCAGUAGUCUCUUCCCCGUUACCAAGACCUGGCCGCGACCACCGGGCUACACAGGCGACACGUACAGCUUCUCGGCUGAUGAGAGCGGACAGUCGACCCCUCAGGAACCGAAGACGUGGAGCAACGCGAGCGAGUACGGAGGCUCAAGUAAUCGAGAGGGUUUGCCGGGUAGUGGUAAUCUGGGUUCGGCUGCGGCGCCCGCUGGAGAGAGGGAGGCUGGUAUGGCAGGAGAAGGAAGUAGAUUCUGA